AUGGCGACGAGCGGAUGGAGUAGUACUGCCGGUGGGCGUCGGCGUCGGCGACUGCGAGAGCGGUUCAAGAGAAAGGGAGUCGAGAGAAUUCAGAUCGAUCGCGACAUCUCGUCUGUUCGGCUGCCUGCCUGCCUUGCAUAUGAUAUUUUACCGAUUGGGCUUCACAAGGCACACAGUGGCAAAGGCCCAAUCCCAAGAGGACAACAUAUCCCAGACUGCAGCCCAGCCCAACCCCACGCGAAACGUUACCUGUCUGACUGUCUCUCUUUGUCUUCCUCCUCCAGUAUCGAAGGACGACGGCCGCCAUGGCCAACAGAUAAACGCGAACUGGCAAGAACCGCGAACAACAAGAACUGGGGGGCGUCCCGGUCAAAUUGGGGGCCCAGUGCUAAACUUCAAGAUGGGGCCCUAUUCUCGGGUGAGAUUCCGGCGAAUCUUGCGAACUGCACUUUCUUGAGCACACUCAAGCUGGACAAUAACCGGUUGACCGGUCAAAUACCUUCGCAGAUUGGUCAGUUGGGCCGGCUGAAGUCGUUCUCGGUGGCCAGAAACCAGCUGACUGGGCCUGUGCCUAACUUCUAUAAUUUCAGCUCCAUUGGGGCUGAUAGCUACAUGGGUAACCCAGGCCUGUGCGGCGGGCCUGGGCUGCAUCUUUGCCAGGACUCAGCUGAUCCACGGACAUUUGAUAAUCCGACAAUCAUUGGAGCUGCUGCUGGUGGUCCUUUGGGUUUCACCAUCGGCAUUUGGUGCUAUUUAUACUUUACAGGGUUCACAAACAAGAAGAAGCAGAAGGUGCAGAAGCAGAAGCAGCAGCAAAGAGAGAGUGAUCCUCUUUGCAACAAAUGGGCCAAGGGUAUCAAACGUGCCGAACACGUUAAGAUUUCAAUGUUAGGGAAAUCAGUUCCCAAAAUGAGCUUUCACGACCUCAUGAAGGCGACAAAUGACUUCAGCAGAGAAAACAUAAUCGGGUCCGGAAGUACAGGGACAACUUACAAGGCAGUCCUCCAGGACGGGACUUCUUUCCUGGUAAAACGGCUACAAAACAUUCGUUACACAGAGAAAGGAUUCGCAUCCGAGGUUGUGGCCCUAGGAAACAUGAAACACCGCAAUGUGACCCCACUAAUCGGAUUUUGUCUGACUAAGAAGGAAAGAUUGUUGAUCUACAAGGACAUGCUCAAUGGCACACUUCAUGAUAAGUUGCAUAUCUUGAAUGUUGGGGACCAGAUUAUGCAUUGGCCGCUAAGGCUCGAAAUUGCUAUGCGGGCUGCGAAAGGAUUCGCGCUCGAAAUUGCUAUCCGGGCUGCGAAAGGAUUCGCGUGGCUACACAGCAUGGGCCUCAUCCAUGGAGAUAUCAACCCAAAAUGCAUUUUGCUGGACGAGGGUUACGAGCCCAGAAUAUAUGACUUUCUACUGACCAACCGUUCUGAUUACCCUCGUUUGGGUGAGCUCAUAACUAACGAUGGAGUGUCGACCCAAGAAGGCGAUGUCUACAGUUUUGGAGUCGUGCUCUUGGAGUUGGUGACGAGGGAAAAACUAACAGACACCCAAUAUUACCUUGAAUUCACUUCGCCAAGUGAAUUCAUCUUGUCAGCAAUCUUUAGUGAGUCCAAAUAG